AUGCAAAAGGCCACGCGUGCAAUUUUUACCGACCAGGACGGCAAGCCGUACAUUGGCACAGUCGAUGAAAUCUACGAGCCGUUGCCAAAUGAGGUUCUUGUUAAGGUUCAAUUUUCUGGAAUCAACCCGGCCGAUGUGGUUCAUGCGAGACUUGGAUUCACCAACACUGUCGCGGGGUACGACUUUUCUGGUAUCGUUGUCAAAGCAGGCAGUGCAAAAAAAGAUAAAUUCAAACCCGACGACCGCGUCCUUGGAUUUGCUGCGCCUCUUCUAGAUAAACCAAAGCAGUAUGGCGUGCACCAGGAAUUCCAUUGCGCCCGACAGUUCAUCUACCAUGUUCCCCCUUCUAUGCCCAUGGAAGAUGCGGCUUGCUUCAUGGUUGUAACCCAUACCGCAGCUGAUGCUCUCUUCAAUCAGCUCCAGCUUAGUUUUGAACAUGAGACUGAGCCCCUUUUGGUAUGGGGUGGCUCAAGUGCUGUUGGAAGUGCUAUCAUCCAAUUUGCCAAAAAGGCAGGAUGUUACCCUAUUAUCACCACUGCGUCCCCUAAGAAUCAUGCGAAGCUCCUAAGCAUCGGUGCAACGGAGUGUUUUGAUUAUAAUGACAAUGAGGUUGUGGAGAAAAUUCAAUCUGCUCUCUCCAAGCAUACCACUAAGCCGCUAAAAAGGGUGGUGGAUUCGGUUGUGUCCAGCGAACAGCCUUCGUCAACCAGCCUCUGUGAGGCUUGCGUGAAUGACUCAAGCGACGCUUUGUUUACUUCUGCAAUUCCUGCUUCGAGCGAUGCGAAGAACCAGUGGAGUCACAUCUUUGCCUGCAGAAAUGUCGAUCUGGAAUACAAACUUCCGAAUGGACUUGUGGUCAAACAUGCCGCCGAUCAGGCCAUGAAAGAAAAAAUCGACCAAGCUGUCAGCUGGGCUAUUUCAAACUAUGGAAAAGGAUACUGUAUGCCAAAUGUCGUGAUUGUGAAGGGCGGAGAGGAAGGAAUUCGUGCCAUGCUUGACGUUUCAGCUGGCAAGGCCAGCAUGCAAAAGUUUGUGAUUGAGCAUCCUAUCUGA